UUUUAGAUUCUAGGCGUCGCCGUAUGUCACCUUAAAUGGUGACUUAGCUGCAGUGAGGAGACCAUAAGCUAUUUUGGCUGGCCAGAGAUGCCUCAGUUUCUGCAAGGUAUAGCAACUUAGAAUAUAGAAGGGAGCAGCUGUUGUUAUGCAGGGGAAAGCGUCUUCUACAUGUCCUUCUUAGGACAUUUGGGAGCAACGAGUAGACUAAAAUACGAACAGCAGCUGCAUCCCAAGUCAUGACAUCAACGGUUCGGGCAGGUAUAAGAUAGGCUUGUCUGCCAGAGGGGGGAGCUUUUUUGGGGCGAACAUCUGUGCCGUCGAGAGCUGAACCAUCUUUGCUUUUGGGGCCACUCAAACUUUUGGAGAGACAUCACUUUGACAUCGGUUGAAUAAAAUCUUUUCCCAAUCAGCCGGGUGUCACUGGAGUGCUUGGCCGGGACAGCCAUUGUCCACUGAGUGUUUUUUGGAGACCAGCGAAACAACAAAGACCAUUCACCACAUUUUUGGCGUCACGAACAGGAUUCGUGUUCCCCCGGGGAAUUCGCGCCCGCUUCCUGAGCGAGAAUCCAGCGGUCGACCAGCGGCUGUCAUUAAGGCAGAAACAAGAGGAGGCACAAGAGAGACUCGAGGCAAAUACUAAAGACACUGUUCAGCCAGGAGACAAGGUGUAUGUGAAAGUGUUCCGGCGCAAGUGGUUCAACGAAAGGCGGCAAGGGCCAUUUGAAGUUGUCCGCUGUACCGGAACUGCGGUGCAAGUACAAGGGUCACCAACUUGGUACCAUUUGACACACUGCGUCAAGGUGCCCAAAGAUGAAGAUCCCCAAAGAGGGAGGCGCGACUGCGAAACUGCAGAACCACUGCCAGAACAAGAAUCGCCAGAGGGCCCGAAUCGGGACAAAGAUGGGCAUGAUCAAGCUGUGGUGGAUAAUGUGUCUGCUGAACCUGUCCCUGAGGACAUCGCGGGCAGCACAGCCGACGACAGAGGAAACCAACAGUUCAACGAUAUCAAUCGUGACGACGCACCCUCCCCAGGCGCAGAUGACGACCCUCAGCACAACAACACUGAGCCAACUACCGCCAGAGGUAGUGCCCCCAGAGAACAACGCCACCCAGCAGGACCCAGCGGCGGACGCCCAGUCCGCCACAGAGUCCGGCCGGAGCGGUACAUUGAGCAAUGUUGAGGGAGUGUUGGGGGGGGCUGCAAUACUGCCAUGCAAUUGCAGAAAGGAAGAAGGGUCCCUGUGCAGACGCACCGCCGAAUGGGAAGACAACACCGGUAACAUACUUGCCCUGGCCGGGCGAACACAUACGGACAAUGUGCUGUUAUUAAAUACAUAUAGGCGGUUUGAGGUGCUAGGAGAUUGUGCUCUACUUCUGACAAAAAUUGGCAUAGAUGAUUUUGGGUACUAUACGUGUACCUGUCUCAAACGGGGGGCGAGAAAAGCAGACCGCACGGGCGGUCAUAAGACGGUGGACAGCAUUAAUUUCGUGACGUUGAUGGAGAAAAAAGAAAUUGCGAAACAGCAUCCAUACAGCCCCGGCGCGGAAUGUGUCAAAGAUGAAGAAGCAGUCGCCAUGAAUAAUGUCGCCUUACCCGUGACGACAAUUGGUAACAGCUUUGAAACACAGUCUGCCGCUUCAGGGACGCUCAUGUCGGAGAUAGAGGCUGUAGAGCCGACGCCUGACGUUCCGGAAAAUGUCAACGAAGCACUGGCAGAAUCAAACUGGUCCCCGGCAGAGGUGCAAGCCCAUUUGCAUGCCAUGGCGAGGCGGGAGGCUGCAUGGAAGGCUUAUGGGUUCGAUGCCUCGGCAUUACCUGGGGUUGAUGAAUGGGCAGGAAGGAACAUGUGGUAUCAACUGAUGGUGCAUUCGAUUAAAUCGUCUAAGGCGGUGAGUGGGCCGUGUUUAGUAAGAGUGAAAUCACCAAGUACGCUUAAGGCCGUGUUCCAGACCAUACCGGUGCCGGUAUCCGACAAUUGCCAGCUUAGAUUAUUGCUUUGGUUGGUAUACGAACAGUCGUGGAAGGCACCUGAAACCGACGCGCAGGUCAGGAAGAUUUUCAAGCCCACAGGGGAGUGCGCCUGGAUAAGCGAACUUCCCUACUUGGAUUUGCUCGCCGUGCAUGAGGACAUCCAAGUCGCUGUGCCAGAAUCCAUAGAUGUGCCAUCUGUAAAGGUGCCCACCUGUUUUUGCUCUAAUGUGACACAUGGAGGGCCGGGGGUGCCUAUGGGGGUGGCAGACUGCGACUAUUACUCCAUGCAAUUCCCAGGAGAAGCAUGGGGGCAGAGGGGAGCCGUCCAUCCGGUGACCUUUGCUCUACCAGACUCCUAUCAGGCGAUUACUGUGAUGGUGGCGAAUCGCACGGUGCCUGGGAACACGACUGUAGGGAAUCUUAGAGACAUCUGGUGGGUUUGUGGAACUAGAGCUUAUUUGUUUUUGCCGUAUGGAUGGAUGGGUUGCUGCUAUUCUGCCACCCUGAAGCUUCCGUUCGAGGUAUUGGCGAUUAGAAAGGGCCACAAGCCUGAGGAGAAGGCUUUUAGGGAGGUCCCUAGUAGGGCUAAGAGGGAGAUGGCGGCGUUUCAUACCACCGACGCGUAUCAUUGGAGAAUUAGCUUGGGAGAAAAAUGGGGCCUUGGGAUUUUUCCCUGGUAUGGGGUCACAUUUUUGGCAGAUCACAUUGAUAACAUCACGUAUACCCUUCAGGG